CUUUAACCUGAAACGGGUGUACAAGUCUCUGCUGAGAAAAUGAUAGAUGAUGAUAAUUUGAUAACGUCCACUUUUGUGUUUGUUUUAAUAAUAUAUUUCCAUUCAAGACUAGAGAAAUCCAUUACCUAUCAUCACGUGAUGUAGAUAUGGGCGGGCCAAUGAAAGUGAUCCACAGGUUUUUGCUGUUUUUGGAAGAAUCAACAAUUCGUUAAUACAUUUGAAACCAAGAAGAGAUAAAAUGCUAGACCCUAAGAUGUCACAAAAGCUAAUUUUGACUGACGGAUAGUGAAUGAUUACAUAAUACUUUUUUUCAGCAACAUAAAAAAAUACUUGUGAAUUUUUUCAUAAAAGAAAAAGCCCCCGCGACACAUUUACAACUUUUGUCCUAUUCUGGAUAGAACAAGUUGAUUUUGCGACUUUAUAGAAUUAGGUAUCACUUACCAAAAUGAGAUUCCAAACAGUAUUUUCCUGGAUAAUGGUGUCCCUGUUCAUAGUUGUCAAGGCGUUUUAUCCGAACAACCUUGUGCCAUUUUUGUCAAAUGAGGACUAUACACACGAAAGCAUCACAGAGGAAGGGAUAAUGCAAGUUUUCCAAGAAUUAUGGAAUCAGUCUACCAGCAGCUUCCUUAGUCAAAAUAACCGAGGGCCUUUUCCACAACAAACAGUACGUGAAAUUGUAAAUUUUAUAAAUGAUGUACAAAGGAAACACUUUAAUAAUCCAGAAUGGCAUUUUAGCAAUGGAAAAAUAAUGGAAGGCAACCAUAAGCUAAAACGCUAUCGGCAAUUGGUCGUGGAUUUACUGGGAUUGCCUGUCCCUGACUACGAGGCAGCGAGGAAAUAUGUCAGCUAUUGCCUGCACCUUCUGCAGAGCUUCUACAGUAACACGAACUGGAUCGAGCUCAAUGGGCAGACUAUUUACACUGAUUUAGGAAUACCCGGAACACAGCUCCUUCCUGUUGCCCCGGCUGAUAUGGAUACGUGUUUAAGUUGUAGUAAUCAGGAAGAUUUGGAUGGCUGUGCUGACAAUUUGAUAGAUAACGGAAUGGUCCUUACCAGUGGCUAUCGCUCAGGAAUCGACAGUUCUGGCGGAACAGUAAAGGAAAUGAAGAUCAAGUCCGGAAAAUGUGCGCAUGGUGGCCCUAACAUUUCAUCUCCAGACCAAACAGUGAAAGGAGGAAUAAAUAAGGAGACAACAGAUCCACGAUAUUCCCCACAUUGCAGACUUCAUAAAGAUGCUGCUUUAGCCGCUAUAGAUCACACGAGAUACUUUUUCUGCGAUAAAGAAAAUGGAUUAAUAAAACAUAUCGGCUCGUGGAAGCUCAAAAUUCUUCUUGGAGCAAUCAAAGAACAAACUUUGAUAUUUGUCAUAGACACGUCCCCUGUAAUGAAAGGAGAGGUUGAAUUAAUCAAAAAAGUCAUUCAGGCUGCAGUACAAGAUACUAUGUCAUCUCGGACCACCAGUUAUAAGUUUAUACUGGCAACCGUCGGCAAAGACGUCAGCAGCAUCCAGAUGGAACAUUAUGUCAACGUUUUUGGUGUUAUGAAGGCAGUAGAUAAUAUAACGUAUGAAUCUCAACAGAACUGUCAUAAACCGAUUCUACAAGCAAUACAGAAAGUUUCAGAUGUUUCUCCAAGAUCGUCCAAGAUGAUCGUUUUCACUGAUUCCUCUCCUGAUAACAAAACUUUGCUUAAAAAUGAAAUCGAAGCUAAGAAAAUUGUCAUAGAUUUUUACCUUAUGGGGUCAUGCCAUCGACGAAUAACAUCCUUUAGAGAAAAUAUUUACAACCGCUAUGGCAAAGACACCCGCCGAAGACGAAGUACUUUCACAGUUCCUCUCAGCUUCCAGCAGAUUGCUAGUAAUUCUGGGGGCCAAAUCUACACCGGAUCUUCAUCAUUAAAUCUAUUAAAUAUUGCAUCAUCUCUUGACCCCGAGGUAAAGAUUUUAAAGUUGGAUUUCCCCGGAGGACAGGAGGGUUUCAGCACCCUGACUAUUCCCACUGACGUUACAGUUACAAAGCUGAUUAUUCAGAUCGAUGGAGUCACACAAUUACCCUCAGCCAGAUUAAAAGAUCAAUUAGGUAAUGUAUUGAUUGCUGGGACUAAUGGACAAACAAAUAUCACAGAAACAGACAUUGGCACCACCACUACCAUGGAGAUCAUUAAUCCUAAGCCUGGCCUUUAUUUCCUCGAAAAAAAUAUUUACAUUUUCUGGAAGGUAGAAGUAAAAGCCGUCAGUGAAUUAGAUUUUACAGCCCAACUCAUGAAGUCCGAUGCCAACAGCUAUACUCUGACAGAGAUAGAAGGAAGGCCAUUAGUAGGAGACAACAUAACUAUUCUUGUCACCGUAAGUUUACCAGACAACGUCACGGGUGUAUCAGACUUAGUUCUUCUGGAUGAGAAGGGAAACACUUUGACGAACAGUAUACUACAGCCGUAUCCCGGCCGUAAGAAGGGAAUAUAUUACUGCAAUGUCAUAGUGCCGUCUACGGACUUUCAAAUAGCUAUCAGUGGGGAGGAUGGGACUGCCUAUCAUUUCAGGAGACUUCACACCAAACUUAUCUGCCCUGUGCUUGUCAAACUAGAGAUUCUUCCUUUUCCAAAUCCGUUAUACACGGGGCGGAACUUUAUAAUCCAGUACACAAUAACUAACCUGGGAGCAGGCAUUACAGAGAUACUAGCAACCUUCAAAGAUAGUCAAGGAUUUGGUGUAAGCCCCUUCAAUAGGACACACCAACUAGCAGCGGGUGCAAAUGUCACGGACAUGUUUGUCUUGCAUGGAGGGCCUACCCCUGGAAUCACAACGUUUGUUACGGUAACUGCUGAGCCAAUAACAUCAGGAAAUUCUAAUUUUCAAUAUUCCACUUUUUCUCUAACAACAGAAGAUCCCAGUAAUAAGACCCCAGAUACCACGCCCCCUGAUUGCAACAUCACCAAAGUAUCCGGAAGUUGCAGUUCUGUUACCCAGUGUGAUUGCAACAUGACCUUGAUAACAACUGAGCUGGAGAUCUUUGACAUUGGUGAGGGCAUAAAAACAAUAUCUUACGGAGGAACAGGGGGAGCGGCGGUUAACUUUUCGUAUGAUCCCUUCAUUGCCGGACUUGUUCUGAGUCAAGGGACUGUAAAAGCAAAAUUAACGGCAGAUUGUUGUCGAGUCUCCGAAGACAUUACACUUACAGACUGGAAAUCAACAAGUCAGUGCAAUGUUCCAGUUAACCCGUCGUGGAUCCCUGGGACUUGUACAACGACACCACCACCAACUACGACAACUGUUUCCAUGACUACUGAUUCCUUAACAACAGACUCAUCAACCACUAGAUCCACUUCACAAAAUAGUCAAACAAGCAGUUCUCCUUCUAAUUCUGCAACCUCUUCGCCAAAUACGACUGCACCACAGACAGGAAGUAUCAAAACAUCAUCCAUUACUUCCGGGAAAUCAACAACCACUUCCUCUACAACAACGAAAUCUCAGUCCUCUAACUCCUCCGAUGAAAGUGAGACAGGUCUAAGCACCACGUGGAAAAUCGUCAUAGCAACAACAGCAACAGCCGUGUCCGUAGCCGCUUUGUUUACUGGGGGUAUUCUUCUAAGAAAGAAAUUCACCACCGUGUCGCCUGAUUGA